AUGCCAUCGUGGGCCCUCUUGGUGGUCACCUCCUGCCUCCUCCUGGCCCCCCAAAACCUGGCACAAGUCACCAGCCAAGAUGCCUCCUUUCUGGCCUUGGAUUCAGAGCCCCUGAACUGUUUCUCUCGAACAUUUGAGGACCUCACUUGCUUCUGGGAUGAGGAAGAGGCAGCACCCAAUGGAACAUACCAGCUGCUGUAUGCGUACCCAGGGGAGAAGCCCCGUGCCUGCCCCCUGAGUUACAAGAGCGUGCCCCCCUUUGGGACCCGAUAUGUGUGUCAGUUUCCAGCCCAGGAUGAAGUUCGCCUCUUCUUUCCACUGCACCUCUGGGUGAAGAACAUGUUUCUGAAUCAGACUCUGACCCAGAGGGUGCUCUUUGUGGAUAGUGUGGGCUUACCAGCUCCCCCAGAUAUCAUUAAGGCUUCAGGUGGGAGCCAGCCAGGGGAACUGCAGAUCAGCUGGGAGACCCCAGCUCCCGAAAUCAGUGAUUUCCUGAGGCAUGAACUUCGCUACGGCCCCAAGGAUCCCAGCAACUCCAUUGGUCCCACAGUCAUGCAGCUGCUGCCCACAGAAACCUGCUGUCCAGUUCUGCAGAGACUAAACCCAGUCCCAGCUCUGCACCAGCCUCCAUGUGCUCAGCCCAUGAUGCCCCUACAGGAUGGACCAGAGCAGACUUCCCCAACUAGAGAAGCUUCAUCUCUAACAGUGAGGAGUGGAAGCUGCCUCAUCUCAGGGCUCCAGCCUGGUAAAUCCUAUUGGCUCCAGCUGCGCAGUCAACCCGAUGGGGUCUCCCUCCUUGGCUCCUGGGGAUCCUGGUCCCUCCCUGCAACCGUGGACCUGCCUGGAGAUGCAGUGGAAAUUGGACUGCAGUGCUUUACCUUGAACCUGAAGAAUGUUACCUGUCAGUGGCAGCAACAGGACCAUGCUAGCUCCCAAGGCUUCUUCUACCACAGCAGGGCACGGUGCUGUCCCAGAGACAGGGACCCCAUCUGGGAGAAGUGUGAAGAGGAGAAAUAUCCAGGAUUACAGCCCUCCCAGUUCUCCCGCUGCCACUUCAAGUCACGAAAUGACAGUGUUAUUCACAUCCUUGUGGAGGUGACCACAGCCCAGGGUGCUGUUCACAGCUACCUGGGCUCCCCUUUCUGGAUCCACCAGGCUGUGCUCAUCCCCACUCCAAACUUGCACUGGAGGGAGGUCUCCAGUGGGCAGCUGGAAUUGGAAUGGCAACACCCAUCAUCCUGGGGAGCCCAAGAGACCUGCUAUCAGCUCCGAUACACAGGAGAAGGCCAUCAAGACUGGAAGGUGCUGGAGCCGCCUCUCGGGGCCCAGGGAGAGACCUUGGAGCUGCGCCCGCGCUCUCGCUACCGCUUACAGCUGCGCGCCAGGCUCCACGGCCCCACCUACCAAGGCCCCUGGAGUGCCUGGUCCGACCCAGUGCGCGUGGAGACCACCUCCGAGAUCGCCUGGAUCUCCUUGGUGACCGCUCUGCUCGUGGUGCUGGGCCUCAGUGCCCUCCUGGGCCUGCUGCUGCUGAGGUGGCAGUUUCCUGCGCACUACAGGAGCCUGAAGCAUGCCCUGUGGCCCUCACUUCCAGACCUGCACCGGGUCCUAGGCCAGUACCUGAGGGAUACAGCAUCGCUGAGUCCGCCCAAGGCUGCAAUCUCAGAUGCCUUUGAGGAAGUGGAACCCAGCCCCCUUGAAAUUCUACCCAAGUCCUCAGAGAAGAUCUCCGUGGCCCUGUGUUCCUCCCAGACCCAGAUGGACUACCGAGGAUUGCCCCCUUCUUGCCCGGGGACCGUGCCCCUGGGUGUGUGCCCCCGCAUGGCUGAGCCGGGGUCCUACUGCACCACCCACAUCGCCAAUCAUUCCUACUUACCUCUGAGCGGCUGGCAGGCCCCUCUCUCCCCAUUCCCUGGACAGAUCCAAACCUGCCCAACCUCUUUUCCCAAGCUCCCUACCCCCAACCCCACAGCACAAACAUCUCAGACCUUACGGCCAUCCCCCUCUGUCUGCCCUCAUAGUUGGGCUCCCCGACACUGACGACGUUUGGUACUGCUGCAGACAUAAAGCCAGGACCUCCU